AUUCACACUUCACAAAUAGAUGACACAAAACUUUGUUGAAAAUGGAUGAAUUACUCAAGGUAGAUUACCCAGAUCCACCCAAUUCCUCCAUAGUCGGCAGGCCUAAAUCUGCCUAAUUUUUCUCUCUCUCACACAGAGCGCACGCAUGUUCUACACAAUGGGAGUUACUAUCAUUUAGUGGUGGCUGUGCUUAUAGUUAUCUGUCAAAAUUGACCACCCAAUGUUCGAUUCUUCUCACAAAUACCCACUUUUAUUCUUAAGCCGGUUCUGUGUCGUGAUCUGUGCGUUUGCUUUUGUUUAGAAAUAUAUAUAUAUAUAUAUAUAUAUAUAUAUAUAUAUAUCUAUAAUUAUAUUAUAUGGUAUACACUACAGUGGCUUUGUUGUUGGAUUGUGUUGGGGUUGUUACUGGUACUCAGUUCGCUUUUUAUAAUCCCACGCACUUAGGUGUAAAGACUCACCUUUGCUUUCUCUAUAAUUUAACGACCCAGAUGAACUUUUACUGACUCUAUGGACUGACUGCCUUCCAGACCCUUGUUUGUUGGUCUACCUCUUUUUUCUUUUCUUUUUUUUACUCUUGAUUUGUUGAUGUGAUGUUGGUAUUUGGGUGUUUGAUGAAUUGAUGUUAUGAAUUGGGUUGGACUCUGUUGAGAGAGAGAGAGAGAGAGGUGAGUCUGUUUGGGGUCAAUUAUGCCUCCUGCUGGGAAGGUUUCUGGGCUUUACCGAGAGGGCACUGACUGGUUCUGCAAUGCAGGUUUGCCGAGCGACAUCACUAUUUCCAUAGACAGCGUGAACUUCCAUCUUCACAAGUUUCCUCUCAUGUCAAAUUGUGGGAAGAUAGCGAAAAUGGUUGAAGAAUCUCAAAGUAUCCACGACGGGACAUUCACCAUGGCUUUAGAAGAGUUUCCUGGUGGUCCUGACACUUUCUUGGUUGCAGCUAAAUUCUGCUAUGGUGUCCGGGUGGAAUUUACACCAAGGAACAUAGUGAUGGUGUAUUGUGCAGCAGACUACCUUGAAAUGACAGAUGAGAAUGGAGAAGGUAACUUAUUGUCAAAGUCAGAGAGUUUCUUCCAUAAGAAUAUACUCCAGAACUGGAAAGAUUGUGUUGUGUCUCUUCAAAGUUGUGAACCUGUCAUAGCAAGAGCUGACAAGCUCCAAAUAACUAGCAAAUGUUUGAAUGUUCUAUCUAUGAUGGUUUGCACGGAUCCUAGUUUGUUUGGAUGGCCCAUGAUGAUGUAUGGUAGCUUGCAGAGCCCUGGUGGAAGCAUCCUGUGGAAUGGCAUAAACACUGGUGCAAGGAUUCGGAGCUCAGAAUCUGACUGGUGGUUUGAAGACAUAUCAUAUCUAAGUGUGGGUUUGUUUGAAAGACUUAUUCAGAGAAUGGAAGAAAGAGGAAUAAGACCUGAAAACUUAGCAGGUGCUAUAAUGUAUUAUGCUAGAAAGUACCUUCCAGGUUUGGGCCGGUGGCAGGGUGGACCAAGUGGAAAAGCUAUUACAGUUGCAAGUUUCAGCAUGACACCUGCUGCUGUGGACCAGAAGGUUCUGCUGGAAAGCAUUGUAAAGCUGCUCCCCCAAAAGAAGGGGAAAUCUUUUUGCCGUUUUCUAUUGGGACUUCUUCGUGUUGCUUUGAUACUGGGUGUUAAUCAUACAUGUCAGGACUUUCUGGAGAGGAGAAUAGGGAUGCAGCUGGAACUGGCAACCCUUGAUUGUCUACUGAUACCUACGUAUUCAGAUUCUGAUGCUUUAUAUAACACUGACUGUGUUGAACGAAUUACUCAUCAUUUCAUCUCUUUAGAACCAAGUGCAACUACAUUUUCGCCAUCAUCAUUUGACCUAGAAUCAUCACCCUCAUCUGGACCAUUAAGAAAAGUCGCAAAGUUGAUAGAUAGCUACAUGGCAGAGGUUGCUUCUGACGUGAACUUAAAACCUGGAAAGAUACGUUCACUUGCAGAAUCCCUACCAGAUUCUUCGAGACCUUUGCAUGAUGGGCUAUACAGAGCACUGGAUAUAUAUUUCAAGGCACACCCUUGGCUUUCAGAUAAAGAGAAAGAACAACUGUGCAAUAUCAUGGACUAUCAGAAGCUCUCUAUCGAUGCUUGUGCCCAUGCAUCUCAAAAUGAAAGGUUGCCACUUAGAAUAGUUCUUCAGGUUCUGUUCUUCGAGCAGUUGCAGUUGAGAACAGCUCUAGCUGGUUGUCUUCAUGUCUUGGAUGCUGAAAGUGCCCCUCCUGGUCCGGUUACGGUCCCAGGUGACAUGGUGGGCCAGCUUGUACAGAGAGAUGGAUGGGUGUCCGUGGUGCGUGAGAACCAGGUUUUAAAGGUGGACAUGGAAAAGAUGAGAUCUAAAGUUGGGGAACUGGAAGAAGAAUUCAAUAAAAUAAAGCUAGAGAUGAAAAGGGUGACUAAAUCACACAGUUCCCUCAGUUCUCCCCGCUUUAUUGCACGGGGAAUUGGGUGCAAGUUUCUUCCACGGUCCUCAGAUGCUAAAGCAGAUAUCGUUGAAAGCAAAGGGCCAUCGCCAAGAGGAUCAGUCGAGCAGCAGGUACGGCUUUCCCGUCAUUCCAGCCAUCGGAAAAGUUUCUCUUUAUUUUGAGUGCUUAGAAUACAAGAAGUCUGUGUGUUGUAUUAAAGAUGAGCAAUACUUCAAAAAAGGGUGGCUAAUUUGAAGCCAUGGUCUGUGCCACAGAACUGUUUUUGGUGAAAUGUCACGCUUCCUCUCAUGUAGAUGGAAAUGUUCUUCCUCUCUUCCUUUAUAGCUUGGUGGGGAUGAUUUUUCACCUUUUGAAGGUGGGACUGAAAUAUGCAACAACUGUUUCUGGGUGGAGCUUAUAGAGGAGUAUAUAUAAUUAUACAGUGUGUUUCAAUCACAAAACAUAGUCAUUGAUGAUGUUGUUUUUAUUUCCUUGGGUUAUACAUGUACAGUAUUUCUAAACAAGAUUGUAAAUUUGUCAACCAAUGAAAUUAUAUGAAAGGUUUUUAUUGGCUUGUGUUCAA